AUGACUCGACAGAAAGCGCUCCUCCUUCAGGAGAAGCAUGGUCCGUUCGCGGUUGCUGAGAAAGACAUACCCAGACCGGGCCCCGGAGAAAUACUGGUUAAGGUCGAGGCGGCCGGCUUGAAUCCAGUGGAUUGGAAGAUACAGAAGUACGAUAUCCUGGUCGACUCCUACCCAGUCGUUCUCGGCGGAGACAUCGCUGGCACGGUAGUAGAGGUAGGGGAAGGUGUUACCGAAUUCAACGAAGGCGAUACGAUGUGCGUGCGGGGUGGAUUUCAGCAUUAUGCCAUCGUCGUGGCUGAAAUUGCUGCUAAGGUACCUUCAAGGAUAUCACUUGAAGAAGCUGCGUCUGUGCCUCUUGCCUUUGUGACGGCGGCAUUCGGCUUGUACGGGUCCGGACGGGAAGGCGAGACAUCCAGAACCGGACUAGCAGCACCUUGGCAGGAAGGUGGUCAAGGGAAGUACGAGGGUAAACCCAUCCUGGUAUUGGGAGGAGCCUCGUCAGUCGGACAAUAUGUGAUUCAGCUCGCGAAAUUAUCCGGCUUCUCACCUAUCAUCACUACCGCGUCUCCACAUAGUGAAAAUCUUUUCAAGUCGCUAGGUGCAACUCACGUUAUAGAUCGCCGGGCACCGUCUGAGCAGCUUCAGGCAACUAUCUUUCCGAUGUUAUCAUCGCCAUUGCUCCAUGUAUACGACGCGAUUAGUCUCUGGGAAACUCAGCGGAUUGGAUACGACAUGCUGGCGCCUGGCGGCAGCAUCAUCGUUGUCCUCGACCGUGCCAUACAAAUUGACGAACAUUCAGACAAAAGGUUCGUUCGUGUUGUUGGCAAUGCGCACGAUCUGAGUCAGAGGAACGACGCGCGAGCCAUCUUCUCUCACCUGCCCGUAUUGCUUGAAUGCGGGGAUAUCAGGCCAAACCCUAUUGAGGUCCUUCCGGACGGCUUGCGAGGAGUCAUACGGGGUUUGCAGAGGCUGGAGGAGUCAGCGGGCUCAAGCUUGUUGCUCGUCCGCAGGAUACUGACUGAGCUUCAUCUGUCAGGCUCAGCCUCAACUGGCCACCGAAUCCAGUGUUGCGCGACCUGCGCAGUAUCCAUGGACGUUGAGAACCGAAUGAAGACAUUGACCAUGUUUGUUGUAUCUUGCUCCUGUUCAAUGUCAGGCUUUCGAACGAUGGCCAGACAGACGUUCCGGAUAUCCCCGUGUCACAGAGAAGUCUCUACUAGUACCCGAGUCUCAACGAGGUUCUGA